UUGUCUCAAGCUCGGCGCGGUCUAGCAGCAGCGCCUCCUCUGCUCGCUCGUCUAGUUCUGCUCAAUCCAGCUCCGCUCGCUCUAGCUCCAGCGCUUCUGCCUCCUCGGCCCGGUCCAGCAGCAGCGCCUCCUCUUCUGCCCGCCCAUCAAGCAGCAGCGUGUCGUCAUCAGCCCGCUCAUCUAGCUCGGCGCAAUCUAGCUCGGCUCGUUCCAGCAGCAGCAGCGCUUCCGCAUCUGCUCGUUCCAGCUCCAGUGCUUCUGCUUCAUCGGCCCGUUCCAGCAGCAGUGCUUCGUCGUCUGCUCGUCCAUCAAGCUCCAGCGCUUCGUCAGCCCGUUCAUCUUCUAGCUCGGCGCAGUCCAGCUCGGCUCAAUCCUCUUCUGCUCGUUCUAGCAGCAGCGCCUCUUCGUCGGCCCGCCCAAGCAGCAGCAGCAGCGCUUCCUCCGCUCGCUCCUCAAGCUCUGCCCAAUCAUCGUCGGCUCGCUCUAGCAGCAGCGCGUCUUCUUCCUCUGCUCGCCCAUCAAGCUCAAGCCAGUCAUCAUCGGCCCGGUCUAGCAGCAGCGCUUCCUCCGCUCGCUCGUCUAGCUCGGCUCAAUCGUCAUCUGCCCGUUCAAGCAGUGCCUCGUCCUCUGCCCGCUCAUCAAGUUCGGCCCCUGGUAGCAGCUCCUCAUCUGCCCGGUCCAGCAGCAGUGCUUCCUCUGUCCGUCCUUCGUCCAGCUCAGUUCAGUCUUCGUCGGCCCGUUCAUCCAGUAGCUCUGGUUUUGACGUCAAGCUCCGCUCGCUCAAGCUCUGCCCAGUCCUCGUCUGCCCGCUCCAGCAGCAGCGCAUCGGCAUCUUCGGCUCGCUCUUCCAGCUCUGCUCAGUCCUCAUCUGCUCGCUCUAGCAGCGUGUCCGCCUCCUCCUCUGCCCGCUCGUCCUCCAGCGCGGCCCAAUCCUCCUCCGCACGCUCUAGCAGCAGCAGCGCCUCCUCCGCCAGACCCUCGAGCUCGGCAUCAUCUUCAUCAGUGAUCCGAUCAAGCAGCGCAUCGUCCUCCUCCUCUGCCCGCCCGUCGUCAAGCUCCUCUGCCUCGGCGCGGUCCAGCAGCGGCUCUGCUUCCUCGUCGUCACGUGCAUCCUCCUCUAGCGCCUCUUCUGCGCGUUCAAGCAGCUCAGCCGCGUCGUCGUCUGCCCGCUCUAGCAGCAACGCGUCGUCCGCUCGCUCCAGCAGCUCAGCGGCAUCUUCAUCACGUGCUUCUUCUAGCUCUGCCUCUUCGGCUCGCUCUAGCAGCGCGUCUUCCUCUGCUCGCUCCAGCAGCUCGGCGGCAUCUUCGUCACGUGCUUCCUCCAGCUCUGCCUCCUCAGCUCGCUCCAGUAGCGCAUCCUCGUCGGCCCGCUCGUCGAGCUCUGUUCAGUCCUCGUCAGCCCGCUCAAGCAGCGCCUCGUCAAUCCGCUCAUCAAGCUCUGCCUCGUCUGCCCGUUCAUCCAGCUCGGCUCAGUCUUCGUCAGCGCGUUCUUCGUCUAGCUCGGCAUCACGUGCUUCUUCCAGCGCAAGCCAAUCUUCGCGUUCAAGCAGCGCUUCCUCCGCCCGUUCAUCCAGCUCGGCUCAAUCUUCGUCGGCGCGUCCUUCGUCUAGCUCGGCGUCACGUGCCAGCUCUUCGUCAGCCCGUUCAUCAUCUGCCUCGUCCGCUCGCUCUAGCAGCAGCGUCUCGUCACGUUCUGGCAGCUCAAGCUCCCGCUCCGCCUCCUCCGCCUCGUCGCGCAUCAGCAGCUCUGCCUCCCGGACUUCUUCGGCUUCUGCAUCGCCAUCAGUCACAUCGGUCACCUGUCAAACGAAGGAGACCUACUGCUGCGACUCGCUCGAGGACCCGCGCGGUGGCUAUGGUGGCGACUGCCUCAAGAAUGAGGGCUUAAGCCCCAACUCGAACGUUGGUGACCAGAUUGGUGUGGGAUGUGCUGUUGCCACCAAGGACUCGAACGGCAACUUGUCUUGCCCCGCAUCCAAGAAGCCGGCAAGCUGCUGUGGCAAGCGUCGCGGUAACGUUGCGUUCCACUGCUCGCCCGAAACCUUGUCCAGCGCUUCUUCGUCUCGCUCCUCUACCCGGUCGUCUAGCUCCGCCUCGUCGUCUGUCCGCCCCAGUUCCUCCAGCUCCAGCAGCUCGCGCCCGUCGUCCAGCUCGUCGGCCCGCUCCAGCAGCUCCGCCUCCUCCUCCUCGGCCCGUCCAUCCAGCUCCGUGUCGUCACGUGCAUCCUCCAGCGCGUCGUCGGCUCGCUCUAGCAGCUCGGUCCAGUCAUCCUCCGCCCGCUCCUCCAGCUCCGCCUCGUCACGUGCCUCGUCAAGCGCUGCGUCCUCGUCUGCCCGCCCCAGCAGUGCUUCGUCGUCAGCUCGUUCGUCGAGUUCGGCUCAAUCGUCAUCGGCUCGGUCUAGCAGCUCUGUCCAAUCCUCGUCUGCCCGCCCCUCGAGCUCUAGCCAGUCGUCACGUGCCUCGUCAAGCGUUGCCUCUUCCUCUGCCCGCUCCAGCAGCGCUUCGGCGUCCUCCGCUCGUCCAUCAAGCAGCUCUGGUGUCUCGAGCUCCGCGCGCUCUAGCUCAAGCAGCGCGUCGUCUGCCCGUCCAUCGAGCUCCAAUAGCGCCUCGUCACGUGCUUCGUCAAGCGCUGCAUCCUCGUCUGCCCGCUCCAGCAGCGCUUCGUCGUCCGCUCGUUUGUCGAGUUCGGUUCAGUCUUCGUCGGCUCGGUCCAGCAGCUCCGCUCAAUCCUCGUCUGCCCGCCCAUCGAGCUCUGGCCAGUCCUCGUCGGCUCGUUCCUCCAGCUCAGUUCAGUCCUCAUCACGUGCCUCGUCAAGCGCUGCGUCCUCGUCUGCCCGCUCCAGCAGCGCUUCGUCGUCGGCUCGUUCUUCGAGCUCGGUUCAGUCUUCAUCACGUGCCUCGUCAAGCGCUGUCUCUUCCUCCUCCGCCCGCUCCAGCAGCGCUUCGUCGUCAGCCCGUCCUUCCAGCUCAGUUCAAUCAUCGUCGGCUCGGUCUAGCAGCUCAGUUCAAUCAUCAUCGUCUGCCCGCCCCUCGAGCUCUAGCCAGUCGUCGUCACGUGCCUCGUCAAGCGCCGCCCAAUCCUCGUCUGCCCGCUCCAGUAGUGCUUCGUCGUCGGCUCGUCCUUCGAGCUCGGUUCAAUCAUCGGCUCAUUCCUCGAGUUCGGUUCAGUCUUCGUCGGCUCGGUCCAGCAGCUCCGCCCAAUCUUCGUCUGCCCGCCCAUCUAGCUCUGGUCAGUCCUCGUCGGCUCGUUCCUCGAGCUCAGCUCAGUCGUCAUCACGUGCCUCUUCGAGUGCCCAGUCUUCGUCGGCUCGGUCGAGUAGCCAAUCUUCGUCUGCCCGCUCCAGCUCCGUCCAGUCGUCGUCACGUGCCUCGUCCAGUGCGCAGUCCUCGUCGGCUCGCUCGUCUAGCUCUGUGCAAUCGUCCUCGAUUCGCUCCAGCAGCAGCAGCGUCCGCCCAUCAAGCUCUGCUUCCUCAUCAGUGAUCCGAUCAAGCUCGUCGGCCUCGUCAGCCCGCCCGUCGUCGAGCUCCUCCGCAUCGGUUCGCUCUAGCAGCGCCUCCUCCUCGUCUGUCCGUCCGUCGAGCUCCAGCAGCGCUGCUUCGUCACGUGCUUCCUCAAGCAGCUCCUCGGUCCGGUCUUCGAGCGCAGGAUCUUCGUCAGCUCGUUCAUCCAGCUCGACUUCGUCGGCCCGUCCGUCGUCCAGCCAAUCCUCUUCUGCUCGCCCUAGCAGCUCCUCUGCCCGUGUCAGCAGCUCUGCCUCUAGAGUCUCGUCUUCCGCCUCGCCCUCAGCGUCGUCGGUCACGUGCUCCUCCAAGGAGACUUACUGCUGCGACUCGCUCGAGGACCCCCGCAGCAACUACGGUGGGGAGUGCCUCAAGAACGCCGGUCUGAGCGAGAACUCCAGCGUCGGUGACAACAUUGGUGUGGGAUGUACCGCGGCAACCAAGGAUGCGAACGGUAACCUGUCUUGCCCUGGAAACAAGAAGCCCGCGAACUGCUGUGGUGACCGCCGUGGAAACUACGCGUUCCACUGCUCGGCUGCCACUUUGUCCAGCGCUUCGCAAUCCCGUUCGUCAACUUCGAGUCUCAGGGCGUCCAGCUCCUCGUCCGCCCGUGCCUCUUCUUCGUCCGCCGUCAGCUCUAGCGCCCGCGCUUCGUCUUCUUCCAGCGCUCAGCGCUCGUCAAGCUCAGCUGCGGCAAGCUCAAGCAGUGUCCGGGCUUCUAGCUCGUCCUCUGCGCGUGCCUCCUCGUCGUCUGCCCAAUCCUCGUCGGCCCGGUCUAGCAGUGCUGCAUCCUCCUCCUCUGCCCGCUCCAGCAGCUCUGUUGCCUCAUCGUCACGUGCCUCUUCGAGCGCUGCCCAAUCUUCGUCUGCCCGCUCCAGCAGCGCCUCGUCGUCGGCUCGUGCUUCCAGCUCGCCCCAGUCCAGCUCGGCUCGUUCAUCCAGCUCGGUCCAACAAUCGUCGUCGGCUCGGUCUAGCUCUGCCCAAUCUUCGUCUGCCCGCCCCUCCAGCAGCAGCUCUGCCCAGUCUUCGUCACGUGCCUCGUCAAGCGCUGUCCAAUCCUCGUCUGCCCGCCCCAGCAGCGCUUCGUCGUCGGCUCGCGCGUCGAGUUCGGUUCAAUCUUCGUCGGCUCGUUCCUCCAGCUCGGCUCAACAAUCGUCGUCGGCGGCUCGGUCUAGCAGCUCGGUUCAAUCUUCGUCUGCCCGCCCCUCGAGCAGCUCUGCCCAGUCGUCGUCACGUGCGUCUUCGAGCGCGGCUCAAUCGUCGUCUGCCCGUGCAAGCUCUUCUGCAGCGGCCUCUAGCUCAUCGAGACCCGCUUCAAGCAGUGCAGCUCCGUCUUCUUCAGCCAGAGCCAGCUCUAGUCAGGCGGCUUCGUCUUCGUCAAGGCCCGCUUCUAGCAGCGCUGCCCCAUCUUCUUCGGCCAGGCCCAGCUCGAGUUCACAGCAAGCACCUAGUUCAUCACGUGCUCCCUCUAGCAGUGCUGCUCCGUCCUCCUCAGCCAGGCCCAGCUCGAGUUCGCAACAAGCACCUAGUUCAUCACGUGCUCCCUCUAGCAGCGCUCCUGCUGCCGCCCCGAGUAGUUCAGCCAGGGCUGCCUCCUCGUCUGCACCUGCCCCCGCUGCCGCGCCAUCAUCAGCCGCCCCCGCUUCACGGCCAUCGAGUGCGCAACAACAGCAACAGGCCCCCUCCAAUGCAAACGCGGCCCCGCAACAACCCAGCGCCUCCAACAAGGCCCGUCGUGCUCAGGCGCCUAACGCGAUGGGAACUUGUGCCAAGGAUGAGGUCAAGUACUGUUGCGAGGAGUUGUCGCCCCCGACAUACUCGCUCCUCUCCUCGCUCAAACUCAGCGCUGCUAAGGCUGGCGCUGCCCUCGGCAUGAACUGCACUCCCGUAACAAAACUGCGUGGAAAGGAAGCUUGCUCCUCUACGCUCAAAGCCGUCGCCUGCUGUACUGGUCUGAUUGGCUCCACCGGUCUUGACUGUAUCUCCACCGACUUGUUCACCCGUCUCUGA